AUGGGCUUUGUUCGUCCGGCCCGCGACAACUCUGCCACAGCCACCCCGGCCCAGCCUCCGCCGCCGAAGGAGGCCGCCGCUCCCGCUCGCUCGACUCACUACAACCCCAAGAGCAACAUUCUCUGCCGGAAUGUCACUAUCUACGGCCAUUGCCGCCACGAGCACAAUGGCUGCGUCUUCCAGCACGAUCCCUCCAAGAUAGCCCAGCAGCAGGCCGACAACGCGAAGAAGCGCUUCAACGUCGACUCCCCAUCUUUUACCCCUCUCCAACCAUCCACCAACGGCGUCACCUCCUCGCCCCGCGCCACUACCAUAUCGCCCAAGGCUGCGAAUGCCGCCGUCUUUACCCCCAAGUCGCAGGUCAAGGCGAGCCUUGCCGUCCAUGCGAAGGAACCGACACCGGAGUGGCACGGGCACGACUUCCAGGAGUUCGUGCCCCAAGGUUUUGAUGUUCAGGGCGACAGUGCUGUCCAAGCUGCUGCCUUGAACCCGUACGAUACCUUCGCGGCGUCCUCUGCCAUAGGUGGCAUGAGUCCUGCCAACCAUGCCGCCCAACUCAAUCCGUAUACUCAAGAAGCGGCCGCCAUGAGCGGAGCCGCAUUCUUCCAGAACACUGCUGGCUUUACCCAACCUAUCCAAUAUCACCUUUACGCUCCUAUGGGCCCCCACCCCGAGAACCUACUGGCUUAUCAAAAGACUACGCACGACUUCUUCAUUCCUGACCAUCUUCGAGAGGACUUGCAGCGCAAGUCGGAAGCAACCCGCCAAAUUCUUCCCAACUCUUCUCUUCCCAGUGCCGUAGAUCACUUCCACUCUCUUGUUCCUUUGGACACCAACAACCAGAAAAAUGCUUCACUUUUUGGCUAUCCCACUUGGGUCUACAAGGCCAUGUCGAGCAAAGAUGGGCUCACCUACACCCUCCGGAGGCUCGAAGGGUAUCGCUUGACCAGCGAGCAAGCCAUCUUCUCCGUGAGACCUUGGAAACGCAUUGAUAACGGAAGUAUUGUGGCUAUCCAUGAUGCAUUCACUACCCGCGCAUUCGGUGAUAGUUCACUUAUCUUCGUAACCGACUAUCACCCCCUGUCCAAGACGCUUUCGGAGCAGCAUCUUAAUGUUGCUCCUCGCGGAUACCACAACCGUGCCAAUCCGCACACUGUGCCGGAAGCGGUCAUCUGGGGAUACGUCGUACAGAUCGCGUCUGCGCUGAAAGCAAUCCACAACAACAACCUGGCGGCAAGAUUAAUUCAUCCAAGCAAAGUCCUGGUUACAUCGAAAAAUCGAAUCCGUCUGAACAGCUGUGCGAUCCUCGAUCUGCUCAACUUUGAUAACAUUCGCCCUGUGCAGGAGCUUCAGCAAGAGGAUUUCCAACAAUUUGGGCGCCUCAUUAUCACAAUAGCAAGCAACAACUCAAUCAACCCUGUCAAUGUGCAGAAGGCAUUGGACAUACUUUCGCGAAGCUACAGUAAGGACCUCAUCGAGUGUGUUUCUUGGCUCCUGAGCCCGCCGCCAGCGGCACAGGGCAUGCAAACGCCGGGAGUGCCGUCCAAAGACAUUUCUACAUUCAUACGGUCCAUUUCUGACAAGAUGACCAUUCUUCUUGAUAAUACAUUCCACGCUGAGGACACCCUGACCUCCAACCUGGGACGCGAGCUCGAGAACGGCCGCCUGGUCCGUCUGGUGGCGAAGCUCAACUUUAUCAACGAGCGCCCGGAGUUUGAGAACAAUCCUCAAUGGUCUGAGACGGGAGAGCGAUACUAUCUUAAACUUUUCAGAGACUACGUCUUCCACCAGGUGGAUGCAAAUGGGCAGCCUGUUGUCGAUCUCGGACAUGUGAUCAACUGUCUUAACAAGCUCGACGUGGGCAGCGACGAGAAGAUUUCGUUGGUGAGCAGGGACGAGCAGAACGUCCUGGUGGUCAGCUACAGAGAGGUUAAGAGAGGCGUGGAGCAGACUUUCAAUGAGCUGAUCAAACCCAAGAGAAGAUAA